AUGGAGAGUAGUAGCAGCAGCAACAUAAAUAGAGGGUUUUCCCAAGUUGGAUUAGUAAAACAACUAACAACAGAUUCAAUUUCUCAAUUCAGAGAAGGGAUUUGGUUAAUUCUCUCUAAAUGGUCAGCUUUGCAACUCGCCGUUGAAAACGAAUGGGGUGGUCGUGGUUCCCUCCUAUUAGCUGAGCAACUAGCCUCUGAUAUCUUCUCUUGGUUCACUCAGUCUAAAGAUCCGCUUUAUAUUGAUGAUUUGGAAAGUAUCUUGGAUGAAGCUAUGCUUUCUCUCAAUACCAUGAUUGACGAUGGCAGCAUUGAAGAGGUAGCAGAAAAAUUAAUGAUUAUGCAUGAAGAAUGUUUAGAAGGCAAUUAUAGUUCUAUUCAAAAGUUGAGGGAAGCAGGUCCUAGAACAGGAGCUCAUCAACAUGUCAAACAGGCUGUGGAUGAUGAUGAUGAUUCUGAGGACAGCGACAGUGAUGAUAAAAUGGGUGAUGUUGGAUCAAACAUGAUGGUGGAUACACCAGAAUUCCAAUCAAAGUCGAAUCCAUUAAACAAGCCAGUCAGUGAGCCUAGGGCCAAGGAGGCUCAAUCAGAAGAUGGAUGGACAGUUGUUUCAUCUAGGCGAAACAAGGGUAAAAGGAACUAG